AGGGUGUGUUCUGCUUUCUUCGUCGGAUGAGUUGUUUUCCAUACCGCUCUAGGGCUGGAUCACCAUCUACUUAUGAGGAUGGCCCUUUAUUUUGGGUAAGCUAUAUCUCAUGUUUAAUAGGAUUGUUUCGUCCACUUUUUGGAUGCUGUAUUUUUAUAAUGCCUGACAGCGCUGUCUGCAAAGAUGGACGUCCAGCCGCCCCAUUAAAGCCCCUAGCUUAAAGAAAAAUGUGUAAAGGAAUUGUGUAAUACGUCUAAACCUCUUCGUAAAAAUUAUGCAUCGUCAACACCACUGAUCUUUGUGUUUAAGUCACAGACUUUCAACAAAAUUGUAAUUCCAUACAGCCGCUCAAACCUUGGCGUUAGCGCAAAUGAGAGAGAAGGCUCCGCUACGCCCCCUCCACCUCUGCGGACUUCAAGUGCAGCCAUCCUGCGGUCCCAGGAACAGUUGGCGCGGAAGCUUGCCAAACCACUACCUCCUACUCCCGUUGAAGAAAAGAAAAGAGAAAGAAAGACCAAGCGUACGAUUAUGAUAACUGCUGUUACUCGUUUUCAGUCAAGGCGACCAAGUCGAAAUCGAAUAUGAUGCCUGAUAUUACGCCACCUUCCAAUGUAGUUCGUCAACUUCAUAUUACUAUCGAUCCCAACACAGGAAAGUUUCAGGGCAUUCCUCCUGACUGGGGCCAGUUCAUCCACAUGCUGGGGAUAACGAAGAGCGAACAGCAACAAAAUGAGCCGGUGUUACUUAGUAUAUUCGAAAUGCUGACCAAACAAAAUGCUACCCGAGAGAAAUACAUGCUAGCUUGCAGUGAAGGUUUUCAAUUUAGUGACUAUUCCCCAACGGGACAGCGAAAUGUACCCGGUGACUCAAACUCCAUAACCAAUACGGGCUUUUUAACAGCACAUCUUAAAGCAUCUACACCAGAACGCGAAUGCAUUCCACACUUCACUCAUGCUUCCGGCACUGUUGGUGUCCGCAGUAGUAGCCUUAGCAGUGGACGAGGCAGCAGCGAUGGAGUGAGGAGUCACAGCGGUAGCGGCAGUGCCGGUGCCGCUAGCCGUAGCAGCAGCAGUGGCCAUGGAGGUGCCGGUUUUCCGACUGCAACCGUCAUUUUAACCAAUAACUUUCGCCGUUCGGCUGCCGCACCAAACACACUACUCUCUGCUGUCACGCACUAUGGCAACUCUACCACCAGCUCUGACCCUAACUAUUUUACCAAUGUGGUUGGCACCGGUGAUGCUUAUCAAGUGCCAUCGAAGUGCCCAACUACUUGCACUAUUGAGACUCAUACUGCGCAACUUCAUCAGCCCCGUGAUUCCCACUCGAAUAUUCCCCGAAACCUGGCUCUUCCCGCCGAAUAUUCUGCAGGGAAGCCAGCAUUUUAUACCCUGCCUGCCUACACUGUCGCGCACCUCCCACGCCACCCAACUUCAUCUACGCAGAUGGCCUCAUAUUACCAAACCUCUACAUCUUCGGCGAAUUCAGGUCACCAUCUGUAUCAAAAUGUCCAAACCCAUCCUUGCAUACCAAUCAGCUCGUUGUCAGAAGCGGACUCGUCUCUACCGCCUCGCUCAGCACCUGAUCCCGAUUUUACUGUAGGCUAUGAAUCUCACCAUAUGGUCAAAGUUUCCCCCUCGGUUUGCAAUGACCAAAAGCAGCGAGAACAAUGUGACCCCACAUCUUACACUAAUGACCUACCGGUCCACAAACCACCAUGGCAUGGAACUCAUCACGAGCAGCAUCCACUGUCACCUGGUCUUCCGAGACGGUUUGUUGACGGCGUCAUCCCUCCCGGUAGCUUGGGCCACAUUCAGUACUCUUCCGGUCAAUCGUCACCAUCACCCGCUGGUUCUGCCACUCCUGUCCCUACACCCCGCAGAGAAUCCUUAAAACUGAACGUUCUACCAACUCGAGCUGGUCCAGCUCCUUUAACCACUCACAACCUGGGCCUCAUUUCCGAUCAGACUAAUUUGACGAACUUGGACCGGGAUCCCACACCCCCUCCCGUCGCUACUCGACCUGAAAAAACUAAGUCAAUUUAUACGAAACCCAUUGAGCCAAGUUUAAAGGAAACCACAAUCCCAAAUGGCAACCAAAGUGCUUCCAACCGAUCCUCCCUUCAGCCUGUUGCACACCCCUUGGUUUCCGCGCUUUCCCCGGAUAUUCCAGCUACACCCAAUCUCAGCCCGUCGGAAGAUAGCAAUCCAGCCGUUCAAGCAUCAACGUGCAAGAUGCCUUCAAAAUCCACAACCUUGGAACGAGUUCAACAUAAAAAAGCUCAUCCGAAGAUGUCGGAUGAGGCGAUACACGAGAAGCUGCGUAUGAUAGUCAGCCUCGGUGAUCCAAACCGGAAGUAUGAGCGGCAAGAGAAAAUCGGUCAGGGUGCUUCCGGUGUGGUCUACGGUGGGGUGGAGAUUGCCACAGGCCGACGCGUAGCCAUCAAGCAAAUGGACUUGAGGCAGCAGCCGAAGAAAGAGCUGAUCGUUAACGAGAUAUACGUGAUGAAGGCGAAGAAGCAUCCCAAUGUUGUCAACUAUCUGGAUAGCUAUCUAGUCGGAGAUGAACUUUGGGUCGUGAUGGAAUACCUAGAUGGCGGUUCUUUGACUGAGGUAGUCACCGAGACCUACAUGGAGGAAGGACAGAUAGCCGCCGUGUGUAGAGAGUGUCUCCAAGCCCUUGACUUCCUGCACAAGAACCAGGUCAUCCACCGCGAUAUCAAAUCGGACAACAUUUUGCUCGGUCUUGAUGGAUGCGUGAAACUAACCGACUUCGGAUUUUGUGCGCAACUGAAUUCCGAGCACAGCAAACGAUCAACCAUGGUGGGCACUCCAUACUGGAUGGCCCCGGAAGUUGUCACACGCAAACAAUAUGGGCCGAAGGUGGACGUUUGGUCUUUGGGUAUCAUGGCAAUCGAGAUGUUAGAUGGGGAACCCCCUUACUUAAAUGAGAAUCCCGUUCGCGCGCUGUAUCUUAUCGGAACGAAUGGGAAACCCGAGAUAAAAGAGCGUGAGAAGCUCAGUCCGGAAUUCCAAGACUUUCUCGACCGCUGUUUAGAAGUUAAAGUGGAACAGCGUGCCACCGCACAGGAACUGCUACAACACCCAUUUAUUAUGCAGUGCUCCAAGCCACUUUCUUCGUUAACCCCCCUGAUUCUUGUGGCGCGGGAACAAGCAAGACAACACAACAGCUAACACUAACUGACGACCCUCUUGGAUAUCCGCAUGCACGAGUGGCACCGCAACCAAUCCCGUAUCCCUCUAACGUGAUGGAUGAGACUAAAUGCUCCACACAAGGGCACCAUUUGCUGAGCUAAUCCACCAAUUUUGUUGUUUUGUGAUGAACCACGGCUGCUGCGAAUCGUCUCUCUUGUAUCAACUAGAUGUGUCAUCUAGUACAAGUUUUCUAACUACGUGGCAAAUCAUCCCAAAAUGUCGAUUAGCAUCCGACGAGUGAUGUAUAUAGUGAGACGUUCGUCUCUGUGUGAUCACGUUUGCGAGCAAAGACUCGUUCCCCAUUCCUUACACUAUUCGCUCGCAUCGUAUAUUCUGUGAAUGACCACUGGAGCAUGGUUUCUACCGCACAGAGAAUGCUAUCCAAACCCUACAUUUCAGACAGAACGACUUCUUGCUGCUGUCUUCCCAACAGUGCAAACGGAGAUCGUUAUUUUAAACCUCAUUUGCCUUUCUGAGUUUUGCUCAUUGCUUCUAACCUAUACUUUAUGAAUUGGCAUAUAUUAUUGAUCUUCC